CUAUUUUAGAACCGAUCUUAAAAGAUUAAAGGGUUUCGAUAGUAUCCUCAAUAAAACAAAUAUUCGGGCCAAAAGCCCAAUCCGUUGAGUUUUUGUCCGUUCUCUUUCAAGCAGGACUGCAGGAGUCGUCAAAUCGAAAUAAACCCAAAACCUCUCUUUCUCAGCUUGGAUCUAUCUCUGGUAAGCGUCUUAUGAUCCUCUUCUUCUCUGAGCAACAAAUUUGUGCAGAUUCUUGUUUAUGAUCUUUGUUUUUUGUGGCUACCUGGAAAGUUGCAGAUUUGUUGCGUAGAUUGACAAAUUUGUUAGAUGACAUUUAGGUUUUCUACAUAUUCUUUCACAGUUUUGAAGUUAUAACAAUUAAAGACACCUCAUCAUGGCAACAAGACAGAUGGUUAGAUAUGUAUCUCGCAGGUUCUCAAGUGGUGGCAAAGUACUUGGUGAGGAGGAGAAGGCUGCAGAGAAUGUCUACAUCAAGAAAACCGAGCGAGAGAAAUUGGAGAAGCUUGCACAAAAGGGACCUAAACCUGAAGAGACACCAGCAUCAGCAAGUGGAGUAGCAGGUGAUGCAAAAGCAAGUGAGUCCACAUCAGCAAAAGUUGUAGGAGUAUCAACAGAUAUGCACAAGAACUAUGCAGUUGUAGCUGGUGUUGUAACUGGUCUUAGUGCUCUUGGAUGGUAUCUUUUGUCAAAAGACAAAAAGACCCCUGAAGACCUUCAUGAUUGAAGACUCACUCAAUAAGGUGUUUCCUUUUUUAAGUCCCUUUUCAUUCAAGACUUGAAAACAAUAAAAAUUUACAUGAUUUUAUCACCAAUCUUGGUGCUUUUGCUUUGUUUUGUAAUCCAUAUAUGAUUGUUUUCAUAUUAAAACAUACUCUUCAGACCCGAAUUCAUUCAUGUUUUUUUUUUCUUUUCAUUUCAAGGCUCCAACUAAAAA